CAAGGAUACAGUGCGUGUCGCCGUAGUAACCUCGAGCAUAACAACAAACUAAUUCCAAUUUUUUCAUCGUCCUUCUCCAGAUUGGUUAUAUCAAUAGAUAUAUCGUGUCUGAAAGUAUAUUGUGUUUAUUCUAUAGCAACGAGAAACUAACUGAUUACAACUAUAGAAAGGACUAAAAAAAAAAACCCAUACAACUCACUCUUGCUCAUAACUCUUAAGUUUAGUGCAGAAAUCUAAAUAUACAAGUUUUCUAUUAUUCAUAGUGUUAUUUCAUUUCCUUUUCUCGACUCGGCUCGAGUUGUUGUUGUUUUUGUUUUUUUGCUCCUGCAUUAAGUUCGUGAAUAUCCUUUUAACAAAAUAUAGCUGAGUAGUAGUGUGAUAUCAGCAAGUGGAACAAUAACUACUACUUCACUCUACUCCCCAAGGAGCAAACACCGACAUCGUCGCCGUCGUCGUUUUGAACCGAAUCAGAGUGAAAUACUUUUGAUUUUAGUUAUCGACGUGAGCUUAAAGGAUUAACAUGGGUCUUCCAUAAAAAAAAGAAGAAAAAAUACACACUAACAAAAGUUACACACAUUGCUGCUGAAGGAAAAAAAUUAUGAUCUUGUGUGGAUCAACACACACUUAUUUUGAGUUGAAGUGAUAUUCUCUUUCUGCUUCAAAAACCAAGUUUGCCAAGUUUAAGUGCGAAUAUAUUGAUCGGUGAUUUUUUUUAUCGAAAGGAACUGCUGUUUAAAUUAUUUUGAAGAUGGCGCCACACAAUUCAACUUUAAUUGACGAGAACUUGAGCGGAUUUCCGUCUUCGUUAGAAUUGCGUCAUUACAGUCCAAUUUUACGACCUGAAACAACUGACAUAAAUAGACGUAAUCGAGCUAUUUCAAUUCAUGGAUCAAUUAGUACUUUGGAACAAGGAAAUAAAGAAAUACCAAUUUGGGUAAAAGAUAAGCCCCGUUAUGUUGCCGGUGUUACCACUCGCACAACUUGCAAUGACAUUAUCAAAGCUUUGAUUGAUGAUGAAGUGAAUAAUGGAAAUUAUGCCUCCAACAACAAUUGUCGAGAUGGCGUUGUUGAAUCGCGUGACUACAGUGAUUAUGUUAUAACUGAAUGUUGGCGCGGUGUCGAGCGUAGCUACGAAGGCAACAUGACUAUUUUGCCCGUUUGGAAAGCAUGGAGUCGUGUACACAAUGAGAUUCGUUUAUCACUCAAACGACAAUCUGAAGUUGCGACACUCUCCGAUAAAAAGACAAUAUCCCGCAGAGCUCUGACGUCAAUUCGAAAAUAUAUCAAUAAACUAUUGAAAUUAUUAACACGAAAGAAAAAAAAGUCUUCCGAUAAAAAUACACAACAACCAAGGACAAAUACAAAAAAUGACAAUAAAUCGUCGAAAAAUUGUCGUCAUGACAUCGACAAAAAUGACAGUGAUGAAGUUGUUGAUGAGUUAAUUUUCGUCAUUCUCCCCGAUAAGCAAUAUGAUAACCAAACUAUUACAUCAAAAGCAAAUGAGGAGCGUCGAUUGAAAGAAAAACUCUUUCGACUGUCAGAGCCAAGAUCAAAGAAAAAACGUAGUAGCAAUAGUAGUAGUUCUUCCAAACGUCAACGUACUCCAAUGAAAAUUGGAAAACCUAUCGAUCAUCAUAAUCGUAGAAGACGAGAUAUGCCAAUUCGAAGUUUACUUCGAAAUCAAAUAGCACAAAAGACAUCCGAAAUGGAUCAGCUUUUUAGCAUCGAAUCACAUUUGAUGAAACAACUGUCAAACAAAUGUCAACAGUUUAAAUUACAAAAUGAAAUGUACACAAAACAGGAUCAUCAGUUGGAAAUGUCAAUUGGACAGAUUCAAAAUAGUAUUGAAGCUUAUGCUGAGGAGAUAUUAAAAACUGAGAGAGAACUUUUGGAGAUUAAAAAUGAAAUCAAACAUGACAUUUCUAUAAUAAAUAAUUUAAAAAGAAUGACAUAUGAACAGUCGAGGGAUGUUGUAGUGAAUAAAAAAACACCCAGUACUUGGAAUGCACCAAAAGUAAAAGAUGUUAUCGAAGUUUCAGAUCAGAAGCAGAUGCAAUUUGUAGAUAAUAUUUAUGAAUUUUGCGAUAAUAAUGCCAGUAUGUUAGUUUAAAUUAAAGUAGAGUUUACAGUUUUCAAGAACGAAAAUAUUACAGGGUGUUUUUUUUCACCACAUCUUUGUAUGCUAUAAGAACCUUUUGUCAAACUGUAAGCUGUGCUUAAUUUAUCAAAAGUUUAUGUUUUUAAGUUUGCCAAAAUUGUCAAAA